AGCAAGAGCGAAAGUUCUACAGGGGCCGGGGGAGCAACCGAGCGCCAUGUGGCGAAGGGUUCGGUGCCUGCGGACGCUGCUGGGCGCUCAAGCACUAAGCGCUGGUGCUGCUGCCGGCGGGACAAGGGGCCUGCGCGUGGUGAAUCCGGUGGGGGCUCCCUCCCUCAUCUCCAAGGUGGCCUCCGUGGCGCGGCGGAGAGUCAGUGGCGUGGGUAGCUCUGCGCUGCAAGGCGCAGAGGAGGCUGCGGGAGCGGAGUUCAACCAAGAGGAGGAGGCAGUCGGGCAGGAACCACACACUUACCCGGAUACCGGCGGGGACUCUUCCGAUUAUGCAUGUUCAACUUUCAGCAUCGACCAUCUGGUUUCGCUGCUAAGACAAGAAAAUGCCAAAGAUAUCUGUGUUAUUCAGCUGCCUCCAGAAAUGAGAUACAGUGAUUAUUUUAUAAUUGUCAGUGGAUCUUCUACAAGGCAUCUGAAUGCCAUGGCCCACUAUUUGAUAAAAAUGUAUAAGCAUCUGAAGACUGAUUCUGAACCUCAUGUUCUUCUUGAAGGAAAAGAGACCGAUAACUGGUUGUGUAUCGAUUUUGGCAGUAUUGUGGUCCAUUUUAUGUUGCCAGAGACACGUGAAAUUUAUGAGUUAGAAAAGUUAUGGACUCUUCGAGCUUAUGAUGAUCAGUUAGCACAGAUGGUUCCAGAAUCCUUACCCGACGACUUCAUAUUUGGAAUGCCUUGUGAAGAGCAAUGAAUACUCUCUCUGGUGCAAACAGAGCAACUUUGCAUAAACAAAGCUGUUUGAUUACAAUGGCCUGGUGGCCAUUCUUGGGAGGAGUGAAGGGGAAGGAGACUUCGUAACCUUCAGUGAGAGCUUGCAAGUAACCUUGUAGCAAACGGAUGCAUAGGAAAUAUAGCUGAUAAAUGGACACUUGGCAAAAGUGAGAAGAAGCUUUGAACCACACUUACUGCAUAGCUUUGUACAGACUGUCAUUAAAUUCAUAUCACAUUUUCCUUUCUGGGGAUCUUGUUUUUUUUAAUAUAUACAGUAAGGCAGUGUUUGACAGAAAAAUUUGCUGCUGUAAGAUACCAGUAUUAUGGCAAAAAGUGGGAGAAAUUUAGCCAUUUUGAAAUGGUUUUUAAAUCAAGUACAUUAAUGAACCUUCUGCUGUCCCCACUGAUCACUAUAAAAUUCUGGCUUGUGUGCAUGCACACUUCAGAAAGUUUACACCCAGAAUAAAACUUGGUUGGUCCUAAAGGUGC